AUGACUUAUCUAGAAAAAGAUUUGGAUAGGGAGACUCGCAAAGACCGCGUCUACCGCACGUGGCUGCACUGGGCUCGCUUGGCGAUUUUACUAGUAUGGGGAACGGGAUUUCUUAUCUUUGCUACAUCCUACACAUUCUCGUUGAACGCCAGCCCGUCACGUAUAUCUGUGGACCAGAUUUUCCCGACGCAUGGGCAUUUGGGUAAAGGAAAGGAGCUUACGUUUGACGCGCUUCGAAAGGGUGAAUUUCGCCCCAACGUGAAACUGGUGCAGUGGAUUCACAGUCCAGAGUCGGUGUCAAACGAUCAGGGCACCUACUUGCUCACUGAGAAAAAAGGCGACUGUGCCACUAAGUAUGUGGUGAAGAGCCUUUCCAACGAGUCGUAUCACUACAGCUUGUAUGGCGACAGCAGUUUUCUGUAUGAGGGCACCACGUACAAAAUUGACGAGUUGUUUGCUUCGCCUGACUUGAAUAGGGCGCUCUUGCGCACCAAUACAACAAAGGGCUGGCGCCAUUCGUCCACAGCGCUUUUCUGGGUGCUCGAUGUUGAAAGCCAAGCUAUAGAACCACUUUCUGGCAAGGACCUUGUGUCCACAGCCUUGUGGGCACCAACAUCGGAUAAGAUUGCGUUUGUUCUCGACAACGACGUCUAUAUACGCCACUUACACGCUGCGAAAGUCGAGCGUAUUACUAAAGACGGUAGCGUUAACAUUUUCAACGGAAAACCAGACUGGGUAUACGAAGAAGAAGUAUUUGCAGCCGAUAUCGCCAUGUGGUGGUCGCCACAGGGAGAUAAGGUGGCAUUUUUGCGCUUCAAUGACACGAAUGUUCCAGAAUACACUAUUCCAUAUUAUGUGCAAAAAGGCCAUGAAGACUAUCCAGAAAUAGUAACCAUCAAAUACCCCAAACCAGGCUAUCCAAAUCCAGAAGUUCAAUUGGUGGUUGCGACCUUAGACCCAUUAGAUGUGCGUUACAUUGCGCUCGAAUCAGCCCAAAUUACAGACAGACUUGUGACUGAGGUAUUGUGGGUGGCAGACGACUCUCUUUUAGUGAAAACUACAAACCGUGCAAGUGACUUGAUGGAAGUAUUCUUGAUCGAACAAGGUAAAGCCAAAGUUGUGCGUACCCAUCACGCCAAGGACUCAUGGUUUGAGGUUGGGUCCAAUGCUGUCUAUGUCCCUAAGAAUGAAUCCUUGGGUCGCUCACAAGAUGGAUAUGUUGAUGUUGUGAUGAAGGAUGGAUUCAGUCACUUAGCGUACUUUGCACCUCCUCACAAUGCUCAGGGAGUCUUCUUGACCGAAGGUCAGUGGGAUGUACUUUCCAGCACUGUGGAUGCGAGAAACAACGUCAUCUACUUUUCAGCAACACUUGAAUCGUCCGUCCAGAGACAUUUCUAUUCGGUAAGUUUAACCGAACCAGCAGAACCUCGGAAACUCACGAACGGUACAGCAUGGUACACGGGGACUUUCUCAUCCGGUGCCCGUUAUCUUCUUUUGAACUACGGCGGGCCCGAUGUUCCUACGCAGCGGUUGGUGGACUUGCAUACGAUGGCAACGGUGAAAGUGAUUGAGACAAACACUGAGCUUCGCCAAACAAUGACAAAGUACGAUAUCCCGCCACAGAACGUGAGUUCUGUUGUAUUAGAAGAUGGGGUUGAGGCCAAUUACUUGGAGAUUCGCCCACCUAACUUUGACUGCACGAAAAAAUACCCAGUCUUGUUUUACGUCUACGGCGGGCCUGGAUCGCAGUUGGUGACCAACGACUUCUCUGUGGGGUUUAGUCACGUGGUGGCAGCUCAACUCAAUGCGAUAGUAGUGACCGUGGAUGGCCGUGGAACCGGUUUCAACACGCGAACUGAAGGCGGUCGCUUCAAAUUUUGCGUUCGUGAUCAGUUGGGCCAUUACGAGCCUCUCGAUCAAAUCCGCGCUGCGCAGAUCUGGGCAGAGAAACAAUAUGUGGACUCUACUCGCAUGGCCAUUUGGGGCUGGUCCUAUGGUGGCUUCUUGACUCUUAAAACAUUAGAGACAGAUACUGAACAUGUGUUCUCCUACGGAGUCGCUGUCGCUCCCGUGACAAAAUGGCGUUUGUAUGACUCUGUCUACACGGAACGGUACAUGCGCACACCUCAGGAAAAUCCGACUGGGUAUGCUACAGCCAGCAUUCAAAAUGCAACUAAUUUCGCAGGUGUAACCCGCUUCUUAGUGAUGCACGGCUCUGGGGACGACAAUGUUCAUUUUCAGAAUAGCAUGAGCCUCGUGGAUGAUCUUAACUUGGCAGCGGUGGAGAAUUUCGACUUUAUGGUUUUCCCAGACUCGGACCACUCGAUCAGGUUCCACAAUGGUAACGCCGUUGUGUUCGACCGUAUUUUGGGCUGGCUCCGACACGCGUUCAACAAUGAUUACGCGUGA